AUGCAGUCCAGGCACCGGGUGUUCGCCGAGGACCUGCUCCUGGCGCAGCUGCAGGGGGAGGACCACUUCGACAGCGUGCCGGACUCGCUGGUGCUCCUCAUCUUCAACAAGCUCGCCGACGCGCGCUCGCUCGGCCGCUGCUCCGCCGUCUCGCGCCGCUUCAACGCGCUCGUCCCGCUCGUCGACGACGCCUGCCUCCGCAUCGACCGCGUCAUCGCCGCCGCCGACGCCGACGACGCGCUCGCCCUCCCGCGCCAGCGCGGCGUCCUCUCCGGCCUCCUCAAGACCGUGCUCCUCGCCGUGCUCAAGCCCUUCGGCGGACACUGCGACGCCGGGGCCAGGCCCGCCGGCCACGCGGCCGCCAAGCACGCGCCGCACCACUCGCCCGCGCAGGUGCUCAAGAACUUCAGCAGCAUCCGCAACCUCCGCAUGGAGCUCCCAGUCUCCGACGUCGGCACCGACGACGGCGUCCUCCUCAGGUGGAAGGCCGUCUUCGGCACCACGCUCCAGAGCUGCGUCAUCCUGGGCGGGACAAGGCUGGAGCACGCCUCGCACCCGCCCUCCGCCUCCGCCUCCGCCUCCGGGGCCCCGGACGAGCACGACGCCUCGCAGGGGGACGACGACAAUGGGAGCAUACCCGAGUCCUUCUACACCAACGGCGGGCUGAAGCUGCGCGUGGUGUGGACCAUCAGCUCGCUCAUCGCUGCGGCCACCAGGCACUACCUCCUCCGCGAGAUCGUCAAGGAGCACCCCACCCUGGAGCGCGUGGAGCUGACGGACGCGCACGGCCAGGGCACGCUGUGCAUGGAGCGCCCGCAGCUCAAGGAGUUCACCGACAAGCCGCUCGCCGCCGCCGCCGCCGCCGCCAACCGCACGCAGGUGCCGGCCUGCAACAUGAAGCUCCGAUACGCGCCCAUGCUGGAGCUGUCAGACGGGACGAGGAUCCAGGGCGCGACGCUGGUGGUGAUCAAGCCCGUGGGCGAGGCCGGCGGCAUCGGCGGUGGGCGCAAGGAGCUGGACGAGUUCGUGGCCGGCGCCUUCGACGGGCCCUUCAGGGAGGCCGUGGCGAUGCUCAGCAAGCGCCGCACCUACCUGCUAGAGAUGAACGGAUUCUAA